GGAAGGUAAGGCGGGGUUUCUGAUGUGACGUCAGACUUGGUACCGCCUACCUGCAGCGAGUCGGUGCACGGGCUGGGGGAGCUUCACUGAGAGGCGCAGCCCUAGGGGCACCUGCGGAGUGGAUCUCUUGUUGGCCUGAUACAGAUUUGGGCCCAAAACAGAAGGGAGAACAGAUGGUGCAAAACCCAGAAAUCCUGCAGGACAACCUUUGUGAAAACCAAUGAACCCAAACACAAGGCCAAGUAAAACUGGAGGCUCAAGAACAUGGUCAGAAAAUGAAAUAAUCAUGACCCCAUUUGUCCUUGGCACCCUGGCAUCUAUGGGAACCACAGCAGAAGCCUCCUGCACAGGCUCCUCCUGCAACAAUGCCACCAUUAGGGAUUAUUGCUACAGUGCUCGCAUCCGCAGCACUGUACUGCAGGGCCUGCCCUUCGGGGGGGUUCCAACUGUCCUCGCACUGGACUUUAUGUGUUUCCUGGCACUGCUCUUUGUUUUCUCCAUCCUGAGGAAAGUGGCGUGGGAUUAUGGGAGGCUGGCGCUGGUUACAGAUGCAGAGAGACAGCGACGUCAGCGAGUCCCUCAAGAGGAGCAGGAAUAUGUGGCCUCUGCAAUGCACUCUGAUAACCAUGACCAGUAUGAACGCCUCACCUCUGUCACCAGUUCUGUGGACUUCGAACAGCGGGACAAUGGGUUUUGCUCCUGGCUCACCGCUAUCUUCAGAAUCAAGGAUGAUGAGAUCCGGGACAAGUGUGGUGCCGAUGCAGUUCAUUACCUGUCCUUCCAGCGUCACAUCAUUGGACUCCUGGUGGUGAUCGGGGUACUCUCUGUGGGCAUUGUGCUACCCGUUAACUUCUCUGGAGACUUACUGGAAAACAAUGCCUACAGCUUUGGGAGGACCACCAUCGCAAACCUGGACUCCAGGAAUAACCUACUGUGGUUGCACACAACAUUCGCUUUCCUUUACCUUCUCCUCACGGUGUUCAGCAUGAGGCGGCACACGUCUAAGAUGCGCUACAAGGAGGAUGAUCUGGUGAAACGAACCUUAUUUAUUAACGGCAUAUCCAAGUACGCUGAGUCUGAUAAAAUCAAGAAGCACUUUGAGGAAGUCUAUAGCAACUGCACUGUUCUGGAGGCCCGACUCUGCUAUAAUGUGGCCAGACUCAUGUUCCUGGAUGCAGAAAGGAAGAAAUCAGAGAGGGGACGAUUAUACUUCAAGAAUUUGAUGGAGAAAGAGAAUCUGACUUCCAUGAUCAACCCUAAACCUUGUGGGCACCUGUGCUGCUGCGUCGUCAAAGGCUGCGAGAAGGUGGAGGCCAUUGAGUAUUACACACGGCUAGAGCAACGCCUGAGGGAUGAUUACAAGAAGGAGAAGAUGAAAGUGAAUGAGAAGCCACUGGGCAUGGCAUUCGUCACCUUCCAUAAUGAGGCAGUUACCGCCAUGAUCCUUAAGGACUUUAAUGCAUGUAAGUGUCAUGGCUGCAAUUGCCGAGGGGAACCCAAACACUCAUCCUGCAGUGAGUCCUUACAUGUGCGAGAUUGGACUGUGAGCUAUGCACCAGAUCCACAGAACAUCUACUGGGAGCACCUCUCUAUCCGUGGCUUUGCCUGGUGGAUUCGCUGUUUGGUUAUCAAUGUCAUUCUCUUCCUCCUGCUAUUUUUUCUUACCACUCCAGCCAUCAUCAUCACUACUAUGGACAAGUUCAAUGUCACUAAACCUGUGGAAUACCUCAAUAAUCCCAUCAUCACCCAGUUCUUUCCCACCCUGUUACUCUGGGCAUUCUCUGCACUGCUCCCCACCAUCGUCUAUUACUCUGCAUUUUUUGAAGCUCAUUGGACCAGGUCAGGAGAGAACAGGACGACCAUGCACAAGUGCUACACCUUCCUCAUCUUCAUGGUCCUAUUGCUGCCUUCCCUGGGGCUGAGCAGCUUGGACCUGUUUUUUCGCUGGCUGUUUGAUAAGAAGUUCUUACUGGAGGCGGCCAUUAGAUUUGAGUGUGUGUUCCUUCCAGAUAAUGGUGCCUUCUUUGUUAACUAUGUGAUUGCCUCUGCGUUCAUCGGAAAUGCCAUGGAUCUGCUGCGAAUUCCCGGUCUGCUCAUGUACAUGAUCCGCCUGUGUUUGGCGAGAUCUGCUGCUGAGCGCAAGAAUGUCAAGAGGCACCAGGCCUAUGAGUUUCAGUUUGGUGCUGCCUAUGCCUGGAUGAUGUGCAUCUUCACCGUAGUCAUGACCUACAGCAUCACUUGCCCCAUUAUUGUUCCCUUUGGGCUCAUGUACAUGCUGUUGAAGCAUCUAGCAGACCGGUACAACCUGUAUUAUGCCUACCUGCCUGCCAAGCUGGACAAGAAAAUACACUCUGGGGCUGUGAGCCAGGUGGUGGCAGCACCUAUCCUCUGCCUCUUCUGGCUGCUCUUCUUCUCAACCAUGAGAACCGGGUUCAUGGCUCCAACAUCCAUGUUCACGUUUGUGGUUCUGGUUAUUACCAUUGCGAUCUGCUUGUGCCACGUCUGCUUUGGACACUUCAAAUACUUGAGUGCUCACAACUACAGGAUUGACAGCACUGAGGUGAGUGCUGCAGAUGGCACACAGAAUGGCCGACCAGCAUCCAAUGCUUCAUCUCAGAAGUCUACGAAGUACAUUGCCCAGGUCCUGCAAGACUCAUCAGCUGACAGUGAGCCAACUGCAGACAGCGAGGAUACAGAGGAGCCAAGGUCCCAGGACGAGGAGAUGAUAAACGCAGACAAUAUUCAGGAUGCAGAGUUUCAGUCCUGUGAGGACAGUCUCAUUGAGAACGAGAUCCACCAGUGACCCAAAGCGGAGGCAGAAGGGGUAGAACAAGACUGGCAUUUCACUUACACAAGACACACUGGCUACAUUGUCAUGAACUUGAGGGCGCUGCCUGCUGGAUUUCCGGGAGUGCUCUGUGGCAAUAAGGCUCCUGUUCCACAGCCUGUGUGUGCAGGACGACUGGAUCUCACACAGCUGCUGCUCUUUGUACAGUAUACAGACUGGGUGUGUCCCUCCUGCUGCCUGCAGUCUCCAUGUUGUGUGUUAGGAGACUCCCUACACCCCCACUGCCCACUCUCUACCUAUAACUGCUGUGUCUGAUCCUUUUAUCUGAAGGCAGAGUCAGCUCAGUGUGAGCAAAUUUGCUGUGUACACGUGCAAGAACAAGACUGAAACUACACAUCUACCAAUGUGAAAUGGGCAUUUGCCACCACACUGUGUGUUUGUGUGUGGGGUCAAAAUGCAACACUAUGAGAAGGAUACUACUCCCAUGUGUGCAAGAGUGGUGCAACUGGUAUAUGAGAGGGAGUACACUAUUCAUGCUUGAGUGGAACGCUGGAAGUGCACUAUGUGUGAGUGUUGGUGGGUGUUGCACAUUUACUGUGUGGCAGUGGAGCCGUCACUGCACCUGGGAAGGCUGGGACAGUAAUGUAGCAUCUGGUAAUUUGCCAGUUUUUGCCAACACUACACUUCAGGGAGACGGGGGUGCAGGAACCUUGCAUUAGAUAUGGUUUGAGUGAGAUUGGCACCAACCCUACUUUAAUCUCAAGAUCUGAAACAAUCUGUUAUAUAUAAAGGGUGUCACUGAGAUUGGAAGAAGACUUUCACUGCCUGUGUGUGUGUGUCUGUCCAAAGAAUGGGAGGAAAAGGAUAUUGGGAUUUUGGUAGGGAGGGGAUUGGUGCUGCCUGUGUGCAUAUGUGUGUGGGGGUAAGACGCGGAUGUGUCAGGGGUAGAGCAUGUGAGGGAGGUUGGCAAUACUGGUGUGUUUAUAUAUGUUUGUGUUCGUGUGUCGGGGGUAAGGCACAUGAAGGAGGAUGGCACUACCAGUGUGGGUAUGUGUGUGUCGAGAGUAAGGUAUGUGAGAGGCUGGCACUGCCAGUGUGGGUAUAUAUAUGUGUGUGUGUGUCGGGGUAAGGCACAUUAGGGAGGCUGGCACUACCUUAGUCCGUUUGUGGUGUUUAUAAAUAAGCUGUCAGUGUGUUACUUGUGGUUCUCAAUCAAUUGUGUUUCCUUGUUCGCUUUUUGUCCUGCUUUGGAACAUGCCCAUUAUGGACUGUGCUGGCUUUUACCCAGGAACAGAUCAAGCACUAGGACUGCUUGUAAAACAGAAAGUCUCUGCUUCCUUGCCAUCUGUACCCAGCACCCACCACGCCCCCUCCGGCUCUGAUCUGAUCUGCUGGGGUGUGGGUGGGAUUUUACUUUAGGCCUCUUAUUGGCAGCCAGAGAUACCCCAAGAAUUGUCCUCUCCCUCUGAGGAUUAAAUGGUAGCUUUAUCCACUGCUGUUCCUGUAGAAUAUUUGUUUGCAGAAAUGUGUCACCCAUUGCUGAAGCAGACUGUGCAUAAAGAGGAACCUUACUAAAAA